AUGUCUCAGCAUCCUGCAACGACUUGUCCAUCUUUGACGGAAUGCCCGACUCCCGAAGAGGGCUACGGCCAGGAAUGCGGGUACCCUAUGAUAAAAGGCAGAGGGUUGCAUCCUAUCCGUUUGGACGAAAACCGCGUUGUCAAGUCGAAAAUGGAAGAUACUGGAGAAAUCCAGGCCAUGCAGCCUACCGCCAAAGCAACAACCAUCCCUGUUCCGAAAGUCUUUGAGGCGGGAUGGUUCCAGAAAAGCGGCGAAUGGUGCGAUAAAAGGUUUUGCAUCGUGAUGGAAUAUAUACCUGGAAAGCCUUUGAAUGUGAUAUGGAAGGAUCUAAGUGAAGAUCAGAAAACGAACAUUUGUCUCCAGAUCGAUGGAUAUCUCGCUCAACUUCAGAAACUAACGGCAGAUCGGAUCAUGGCAUCCGAUGGCGGUCCUCUGGAUGUGGGGCUUUACCAAAAGCGUUAUUUGGGGCCGUUUGACAGUGUCAAGGAGUUCCAUCAGGCCUUGAGCAAAGCCGAGCCGCAUAACUUGGGUGACAACCACAAGAUCCAUUUUGCUCAUGCCGACCUAGCUCCCAGGAACAUUCUGGUUGACGAGAAGACCGGCAAGGUCAAUGCAGUCAUCGACUGGGAGCGGGCAGGUUGGUAUCCAGAAUAUUGGGAUUACGUCCGGAUGAGCUACGACCGGUCGAUGAAGAAAGAGAUGGGCGCUUAUACCGUUCUUUGGAAGUCCCUCUCCACGCGCCCUUAUGAAGACGAAUGGGAAGCAAUGCGGGAUCUAGUUUUACGAACGAUCCCUCCAUAUCCAGAUGGAGUUCGGGAAGAAGAGCGCCCCGAUACUUCACCAUCGUCUGCCUCUUAUGCAAGAGAGUUGCAGAAGGGGCAUGAAAAUGAUACUGAAUUGAUCAACUAG